AUGUCCUUCCCCGCCGGUGUCAAGCCCUUCGCGGAGCGCCAGUUCCCCCAGACCAUCUGCAUGUUCGACGUCGACGGCACCCUCUCCCCCGCCCGUCUCUCGGCCUCCCCCGAGAUGCUCGAGACUCUCAAGAAGCUCCGCGAGAAGUGCGCCAUCGCCUUUGUCGGCGGCUCGGACCUCAAGAAGAUCGCCGAGCAGCUCUGCCCCGACGGCGGUAACGCUCUGUCUUAUCGUGCAGUGCAUGGGACCCCGGGCAUUCCGAUGGUCGUGCUGCGCCAACAAGCCGGGUACCAACGAGACGCCCAGCGAGCUGCGCAGACACUCCUCGACCUGUUCGAUUAUGGCUUCGCUGAGAACGGACUCACCGCCUACAAGCUGGGUCAGGAGCUCCCCCCUGCUUCGUUCAUCGGUCACGUUGGCGAGGAGCCGUACAAGAAGCUCGUCAACUACAUCCUCCGCUACCUGUCCGAGGUCGACUGCCCCGUCAAGCGCGGCACCUUUGUCGAGUUCCGCAAGGGCAUGAUCAACGUCUCGCCCGUCGGCCGUAACGCCUCCACGCAGGAGCGCAACGACUUUGAGGCCUUCGACAAGCAGACCGGAACGCGCGCCAAGAUGGUCGAGGCGCUGCAGAAGGAGUUUGCGGACCUGAACCUGACGUACUCGAUCGGCGGCCAGAUCUCGUUCGACGUCUUCCCCAAGGGCUGGGACAAGACCUAUGCUCUCGGCCGCAUCGCGGACGACGGCUACGACCAGAUCCACUUCUUUGGCGACAAGACUUACAAGGGCGGAAACGACUAUGAGAUCUACACCGACGACCGCACCAUCGGCCACGCCGUUACGUGCCCCGAGGACACGAUCAGGGACCUCAACGAGCUCUUCCUCUCCAAGUAA